UGCAAGGGAAUUCGAGCCACAGCCAGGAACAGGUGUCAUUCAAGCAACAGCAGCAGUAGCAGAAUGAGGAGCGGCUGCUGCUGAGGCAAAGAGAAAGAUGGUAGAAAGACGCUUCUCCAAACUCUUCCAGAAAGGGUCACUUUUCCGCUUAGCCCAGAAAUACCAGUCAGUUGGGAAUGGGGAGCCAGAAGGGGAGAGAGAUGAAGAACAGGCGCUGACAGCAAUUGAACAAGAGAAAGAAGUGACCGCUCUGCCCCCCAAAGAAGCUUGCAAAUGCCAUAAAGAAGACUUGGCAAAAAGUUUACAUGUUGAUUUACAAACUGGACUCUCGGAAUUUUCUGUGCUACAACGCAGAAUAACACAUGGCUGGAAUGAGUUUAUAGUAGAUAAUACAGAACCAAUAUGGAAGAAAUAUCUAGACCAGUUUAAGAAUCCACUCAUUCUAUUGCUGCUGGCUUCUGCUUUAGUAAGUGUAAUUACUAAAGAAUAUGAGGAUGCUGUGAGUAUUGCAGUGGCAGUACUAAUUGUGGUUACAGUGGCCUUCAUUCAGGAGUAUCGCUCUGAAAAAUCUUUGGAAGAGCUCAACAAACUAGUCCCCCCAGAAUGCAACUGCAUAAGGGAAGGAAAACUGCAGCAUCUUCUCGCCCGAGACCUGGUCCCAGGAGACGUUGUGUGUCUUUCUAUUGGAGACAGGGUUCCUGCAGAUAUCAGACUGAUAGAGGUUACAGACCUGUUGGUGGACGAAUCCAGUUUUACUGGAGAAGCUGAGCCUUGCAGUAAGACAGAUGAUCCCUUACUGGAAGCUGGAGACCUAACAACGCUGAGUAAUGUUGUUUUCAUGGGAACACUGGUGCGAUAUGGGAAGGGAAAAGGGAUAGUUAUUGGAACUGGCGAAAACUCACAGUUUGGAGAGGUGUUUAAAUUGAUGCAAGCGGAAGAGACCCCUAAAACGCCUCUACAGAAAAGCAUGGAUAAACUGGGGAAACAACUUACCCUUUUCUCCUUUUGCAUCAUUGGUUUAAUAAUGCUGAUUGGCUGGUUGCAAGGAAAGCAUCUUCUCAGUAUGUUCACUAUUGGAGUGAGCCUGGCUGUGGCUGCCAUCCCAGAGGGGCUGCCCAUUGUGGUCACGGUGACACUGGUGCUGGGCGUUCUAAGGAUGGCCAAGAAAAGAGUGAUUGUGAAGAAGCUGCCCAUAGUAGAAACUCUAGGUUGCUGCAAUGUCAUCUGUUCAGAUAAGACAGGGACUUUGACAGCCAAUGAGAUGACAGUAACUCAGCUAGUAACCUCAGAUGGAUUCCAGGCAGAGGUGAGCGGGGUUGGAUACAGUGGGAAAGGAAGUGUAUGUCUGUUACCAUCAAAGGAAGUGAUUAAAGAAUUUUCCAAUGUCUCAGUAGGAAAGCUAGUGGAGGCUGGCUGUGUCGCUAAUAAUGCUAUUAUCAGAAAAAAUACUGUGAUGGGUCAGCCAACGGAGGGAGCCCUUAUUGUGCUGGCAAUGAAGAUGGAAUUAAGUGAUAUAAAAGAUAUUUAUAUAAGAAAGAAGGAAAUUCCAUUUAGCUCGGAGCAAAAGUGGAUGGCAGUAAAAUGCAUGCUGAAAAAUCAGGGGCAGGAAGAUAUUUAUUUUAUGAAGGGAGCCUUUGAAGAAGUUAUUCAGUAUUGUACCAUGUAUAAUAAUGGUGGCAUCCCACUGCCUCUCACGCCACAGCAGAAAGCCUCCUAUGUCCAGGAAGAGAGAAGAAUGGGAUCUCUAGGCCUGCGGGUACUUGCUCUGGCUUCAGGUCCAGAACUUGGCAGACUAACAUUUUUAGGGCUGGUUGGAAUAAUUGACCCACCAAGAGCUGGAGUUAAAGAAGCCGUUCAACUCCUCUUUGAGUCUGGUGUAUCUGUGAAGAUGAUAACUGGAGAUGCCUUGGAAACUGCCAUGGCUAUCGGACGGAGUAUUGGACUCAGUAAUGGGAAACUGAAAGCCAUGUCUGGGGAAGAACUGGACCAUGUGGCAGAGUCAGAGUUAUCGUCUGCAGUCAAAAAUGUUUCUGUUUUCUUCAGAACAAGUCCAAAGCACAAGCUAAAAAUCAUAAAGGCUUUGCAAGGCACCGGUGCCAUUGUGGGAAUGACAGGGGAUGGGGUCAAUGAUGCAGUGGCCCUAAAAUCUGCUGAUAUUGGGGUGGCAAUGGGACAAGCAGGCACAGAUGUCAGCAAGGAGGCUGCCAACAUGAUACUGGUGGACGAUGACUUCUCAACUAUAAUGAAUGCCAUAGAGGAGGGAAAGGGAAUAUUUUACAAUAUAAAAAAUUUUGUCCGGUUUCAGCUUAGCACGAGCAUUUCAGCAUUGAGCUUAAUCACUCUGUCGACCGUGUUCAAUUUACCAAAUCCACUCAACGCCAUGCAGAUCUUGUGGAUCAACAUUAUAAUGGAUGGACCCCCAGCUCAAAGCCUGGGAGUUGAACCAGUUGACAAAGAUGCCAUCAAACAACCCCCUCGAAAUAUUACGGAUACAAUUCUCAGCAGAGCGUUGAUCCUGAAAAUCUUUAUGUCUGCUAUAAUUAUCAUCAGUGGGACCCUCUUUGUCUUUUGGAAAGAGAUUCCUGAAAGUGGCACAACUCCCAGGACCACAACAAUGACUUUUACUUGUUUUGUGUUCUUUGACCUCUUCAAUGCCCUGACAUGUCGUUCUCAGACAAAGUUGAUCUUUGAGAUAGGCUUUUUCCGAAACCGCAUGUUCUUAUAUUCUGUGCUGGGGUCACUGUUGGGGCAGAUGGCUGUCAUUUACAUCCCGCCUUUACAAAAGAUCUUCCUAACAGAGAAUUUAGGCGCAUUAGAUCUGUUGUUUCUCACUGGCCUCUCGUCUUCGGUUUUUAUUGUGUCGGAGCUCAUCAAAGUGUGUGAAAAGCAUUGCUGCAGAACGAAGAAAGUGAAGAAUCUUCAUGAAGUAUAAUGGAUACAGACUUCUCUAAAGAAUGUUCUUUGAAUUAAAUGCCAUUUUGUAAUUCAAAUGCGUCCUCCUGUGACUGUGCAAAUCCUAGGUUGACAGCCCUUCCCAUAUCAGAUAAUAUUCCUGCCACUUUCUUGACCCAGGCUAUUUCAAGCGGUCCACCCUGGGGCGUAAACACUACCUCUGUUGCACAGAUUUAUAUAUACGUUGACCAGUCCGUUUGUGCUGGAGCUGUCACUCUGCGCGAUGUGGCUAUGCAUCUGUACAGAACGAUCUACUGCACACAGCUGAUGUUUGUUUAUUUAAAUCACAAGGAUUUUUGUUAAUAAAAUCUGGAUUUAAAAAGUUAA